AUAGAUAUUAUUAUCAAAUGCCACAUUUAUGGUUGCUUUUUGCUUUCACAUGAGUUAACUACUUCUCUUUCUUAUUUCCCAAAUCGUUUUCCUUUCAAACUGCUACUUGCCGGUACGUGGGAACAUUAUCGUCUGAUUCAAUGGCUUUAUGGUUUUUGUGUGUUUCUUGUAAUUAGUUCCGAGUGCACCACCUUUAGGCGUAAAUCACACCGAAAUCUACUCAACGACAUUCAACAUCAGUUGGGACCCAAUCCCCAAAGAUCAGAGCAACGGAAUCAUCACCAGUUACGAUCUGGAACUAAGUUCCGGACAAGCCAUUCGGCGAAGGCGGUCCCUUCCAGAGUCCUCAAUUCCACCUUGACGUACAUCGUACUGCAUAACCUGGAAAAUUGCACCAUUUACCAUCUGCGGGUGCGGGCGAGAACAGGAAAAGGACCUGGUCCGUACAGCCCACAAUACACGCUACAAACAUCCCCUCCAGGGACACCAACAGAUUUAAAGGCAACAGACGAGACCAAGACUUCAGUUCUCCUGAGAUGGCGACCCCCAAACUUUAUAGGGUCUAUUAGAUACACGGUCAUGUACAAAGGUUUCAAGUCUUACUGGCCUGAAUGGAAUGGACACUUUGGAAAAGUAGCUACCUCAUCCCAGUCUAUCACCCCAAAGAAUCUCAUCCCUGGGACAAAGUACAUUUUCAAUAUUACUUCUUCCACCAAAUGCGGAGAUAGCAAAACACUGAAUUUUAAAGUAGUGACUACGAAAGUUGCAAAUCCUGUAGCACCAGUGGUUCCUCUUGGGAGAAUAUCUCGCGAUACUAACGUCACAUUGUGGAAGGCUGAUGAAGUCAACGGUCCAAUCGACUCCUAUCAAGUCAUAGUUCUGAAAGAGAAACCCGACAACGUGAACCUGACGGAGAUUCAAGCGGAAGAACUUUGUAAAGAAGGCGAAGAGAAGAAUGAGAAAAGGAAUUACUACAUUGCAGCCGAAGCGGAAGCAUUAAGUAUGAAUCAAACAAUCAUCAUUGGUGACGGUAGGAUUUACAAAGGAAGGCGGCAGAAGUACAAGAACAAAGCUCUUGACGAAGGAAGCAAGAACAAGGUCUACAUACGAGCGAUGACCUACCUGAACGAAGAGUUGGAGCCUUUGUGUGGAGUUGUCGCUUUGGCUGGAGUAAUAGAAAUUCCUGUCGCUAGCUCGGAAAAUCUCGCAUCAACCACCUCAUCACCCGUAGGAGCAAUAGCUGGAGGGGUGGUUGCGUUACUUAUUCUUGCUGCUUUCGUCGCCGCUGUAGUCCUCUUUAUCAGGCGACGAAAUGAUAAUUCCCCCAUGAGGAAGCCGGCGAUGCAAAUGGAGUCGUUUAACAAGGGUCAAGCGGAAAGCAAUGCCGAUAUCGCCCAUGAAGGAAUAAGCAACCAGCAGGGGGCUGCAGAAGCUGCAAAUGCCGAGCGUAUUUAUGACAAUGCUGUAGACGACUUGUCCAAGCCAAUCCCAAUCGCACUCUUCCCAGAAUACGUCGCGAAGAUGCAGGCAAACGGAGGCAUCAGAUUGGAAAACGAAUACAAGAAAUUCAACAAUGGACAGCAGUUUCCAUGGGAAGCCGCCAGGAAACCUGCCAACAAAAACAAGAACCGUUACGCGAACAUUGUUGCCUAUGAUCAUUCACGUGUGGUACUGGAGCGAGUCAAUGGCGACGAGGAUUCGGAUUACAUAAACGCGUCAUUUAUACACGGCUAUGAUGGAACUCCAAGAUCGUUCAUCGCCUCACAAGGUCCUCUUCCUCCGGCGUUUGAAGGCUUCUGGCGGAUGGUCUGGGAACAGAACUCGCAAUCCAUCGUAAUGCUCACCAACCUCGUCGAGCUAGGCAAGACUAAGUGCCACAAAUACUGGCCAGACAAGAUCGAGACAUACGGUGGCGUGACAGUCACGCUGCACCAGUCGGAAAUAUUCGCAGACUACGAGAUUCGUACCUUCAUCUUGUCAAAGGCGAAACGGAGUGGCAGUCGAAUGGUUCGUCAGUUCCACUUUACCGUGUGGCCGGACAAGGGCGUUCCCCAAUACGCAACAGCAGUCCUCGCGUUCAGACGAAAAGUGCGCGCUUUGAACCCGCGGGACGCGGGACCUGUCAUCGUCCACUGCAGUGCUGGCGUUGAACGCACUGGUACCUAUAUUGUCAUUGACGCCAUGCUGGAACAGGCCAAAAAGAGCCGAACCGUGGAUAUUCGUAACUACCUCAUAGCGCUCAGGAAAGACAGGCCACACAUGGUCCAGACAAAGGAGCAGUACUCGUUUAUCCACUCCGCUGUGUUAGAAGCCCUGACGUGCGGCAACACAGAGAUACAAAGCGAGACUUACAACCAGGCCAUGCAGAAACUUGCUUCUGUCAACCGUAAAUUCCAGAUGACAGGAUACGCACUUGAGUUCCAGAGGCUGAACUCCGUUACAAGCCGUGAGAUACCGGCGGAAGAGAAAAGCGUUGGUGAGGAACCACAAAAUCUGCACAAGAACAGAUUCUCUGACAUCAUAGCAUUGAACAGCUGUAGGGUGAUGCUGCAUAAUGAGCAUGCUGACGAGGAGUCGGACUACAUCAACGCCGUUUUCCUACAUGCUCACAGGGGGCGCAAUGCAUUCAUUGCUACCCAGCAUCCCUUGCUGGAGACCGUGGAGGAUUUCUGGCGCAUGGUGACGGAUUACGACAUCGGGACGAUUGUCAUGUUGAACAACCUGCACGAACUUGACCAGGAAUACCCUCAGUACUGGCCUGACCAUGGAGCUACCAAAUAUGGUCACAUAGGCGUCAGCGUGCUCAGCAAGCAAGAGAAAGGUGACGUCAUCUGCACCAAGCUUAAGGUGACGCGAAAAAAGAAGACGCAAGAGGUUUGUCACUUGCAUCACGUGUCGUGGCCAGACAAGUGCAUCCCUGAGCUUGCCUGCAGCGUUCUGGAUCUUUUAGACGAAGCUCAGACGUCACAGCAGCAGUGCGGCAACGCGCCAGUAUUGGUCCAAUGCAGUAACGGUGUUGGUAGGAGUGGCACGUUUUGUGCGAUCUCCUCAGUUCUUGAGCGUUUGAAGACAGAGCAAGUUAUUGACGUCUUUCAAGUUAUUAAACGAAUUCGCGUCAAUCUGCCAGGCGCGGUGGAGAGCCCGACGCAGUACCUGUUUUGCUAUCAAAUCAUCCAGAAGUACUUCGACUCCUUCAGCGACUACGCGAACUACUCAGAUUGUUGAAAAAUAGGCUGACGAUAAUGAUGAAUCCAGGGAUUCUAAGCAAUAAAUUCUAAAGGCUAAGAAGGGGGGGCUGGAGAGCACUAGAGUUCCUAAAUUGCAGGGCUAGAGAACACGAAAAACAUAUACAGACCACGUGUCUUAGAUAUGAAUGUUAUAAUCCCGGUGGGGGAGGGAGAGGAGACUCUCCCAAAAAGUAGACGGGGGUGAUCGUCCCAUCUUUUAGGGUAAAAAUUUCGACCAACUACCAUCCCUUGGGGGUGUUGGAGGAUUUUUCAGAUUUUGCCAUCUCUUAGGGUAUAAAAUUCGACCAACUGCUAUUCCUAAGAGAGUGUUUAACGUGUUUUUCCGAAUCUGUUAUCUCUUAGGGUAUAAAAUUCGACCAAUUGCUAGUCCUGAUAAGAUGUUAAACGUUUUUUUUUUUCGAUUCUGCUAUCUCUUAGAGUUAAAAAUUCGUUCGAUCAGACCCAAUUUGCUUGGGAAGGAUUUCUGUUGACCACGCCAAAGUACAAUCCCUUAUGGUUAAAAUCGAUUUUGAUGAUCACCCCCGUCUAUUUUUAUCGGAGUCCCCCAUUGGAAUUAUAAUGUUCUUAUGCAACACCGAAAGAAAUAUAAAUUGUAGGGAUACACUUGAAGUGUGCUUAAGGUGAUAUUGUAAACAACAAAUAAUCCAUCAAUCGUAAUUUGCAAAGUAUUUCUUUUUCGUGGAGCUACGUUUUUAUGAAUAAUUUGUCAUUUCCAUAAGAAAAUAUUUCUAAUUUUCCUUACAUUUUUGUUAUUUCCUAUUUAAUAAUAUUGUGAUAUCAUUUUAAUGUAAUAAUAUUUAUAAUUAUUUCAUGGCCGCCCAUACCAUUUAAGUAAAACAGAAGUGUAUACCACUAAUAGGUAAGACGGUCACACAAUCUUUUAUUAAAACCGAUAUGCUCAA